AUGGAGGAACAAAUUAAAUCCUAUUUGAAUGAUUUAAACUUUUUAGAAUUAUGUAAUAUUAUAGAUGAGAAAAAAUUAGAAAUCAAUACUGUAGCUAAAUGUAUUUGCUCUAAUAAUCUAAUAAUUAUUUCAAAAAUAUUAGAGAAAUGUGAAAAUUAUAAUUUAAAAAAAAAUAUAUUGGAGGAAUUAGAUAAUGAGAUUAUGAAGAAUGAUAAUAUAAAACCAUUUAUAUAUAUAAAAAAUUACGUCUUUCUUUUAUAUAAAAUUAUGCUUUUUUUUGAUAAAAUUAAAUUAGAGGAAAAUAAAAUGCUAUACGAGAUUUUUAUUAUAUUUUCAUUGAAAUUAAUUAUAUUUUAUAAUGAAAAAGAAUUCUUACAAAAUAUUCUUAUUAGCUUGAUUAUUAAUUUAGACUAUAAAAAGAAUACUUAUGAUAAAUUAUUUUUAGGAGAACUUCAAAAAAAUUUGUAUGACUAUUAUUGUUUUAUUUUUUUAUCGAAUUUUAUUUUUUUAAAUUCUUUGUUAAUAUAUUUAUAUUCCAAUAUAAAAUAUGAUUUAGAUGAGAGUUUAAAAAAAGAAAUAAUGAAACAAAUAUCCUUAACUUUAAAUAAUAUUAAUAAUUUUUUUGAAAAUUUAUUCCAAAAGUAUAAUCAUAUAGAAGAGAUAAAUAAUUAUCAAAAUUCUGAACAAUCUUUAUUAAUGAACUGUUCUAAUAAUGAUUAUUCUUUUGAUAAAGAAUGUUUAUAUGAUACUAUUAAUAAAAAAAAUAUUAAAUUAAUUUAUAAAAAAUGUAACUUUCCUCUUUUAUAUAGUUAUAUACAGUAUUCAUUCAAUACAAAUAAAUAUUCAUUAGAUAAAGAAGAAUAUGAUAAGAAUUACAAUUUCAAAAAUAUAAACAUAAAUAAUUUUCUUUUGUUACUAAAAAUUUUAUCUCCACAUUUUUUAUUAUGGGUCUCUGAAAAAGAAAAACAAAAAAGAGAAAAUAAUAAUCCACAAAGUAUGAUGACAAAAAAUGAAGAAAAAGACUGUUACUUUUUUAACUAUGUUUACAUAAUUAAUGAUUUUGAAAAUAAUUAUCUCAGAGAGACAAGCGAUUGCUUUCUUUUCUUCUUUUUUUCUUUGUUAUCCUUAAAUGAAAUUAACAAAAAUUUGAAUGAAGAAAUAGAUACUUUAAUGAAUAAUGUAAUUGAUAAUUAUUAUACUUUUUUUGAAAAAAAAUAUAGUUUUUUAAAGAAAAAUUUAAUUUCAUUUGAUGAUCUUUUAUUAAAGAAGUCAGAAGAAGUUUCACCUCAAAAAGUGAAGGAAACCAGUAAACUGGAAAAUGUAGAAAUUAUAAAUGAAAGUAAAAAGACAUACAAUGAAGAUGAAAGUCUAUAUGAAAAGAAAAUAAAUUCUAGCAAAUUAAAACAAGAAACAAAUAAAAGCUUAGAAUUCUUAUGUAAAGUUACUUCUAAUAUUUUACUUAAAAACUCAAGUAAAAUAGUUAUAAAAUUAAAAAGUUUAAUAAUAUGGGGAUAUUUAUAUUUUGAUGAUGUAGAAGAAUUAAAUUUUUUUAAUUUAGCAAAUGCAUUUAUUUUUAAUAAUAAUGAGCUUAUCUAUAAUAAAAGUGAAGACAUAAAUGAAUUUUUAUUUAGAAAAAAUGAUUUCUUUAUAUAUAAUUAUAGAGUUUUCAAAAACAGUUAUGAGUGUAAAACGUUAAGUUUUAAGUAUAUGGAUAUAUUUUCUAAUUAUAUUUCCUUUUUUAUUCUUCAUAUUAUUAUUAUUUUAACUAAAACAUACUUAAAUUUUAAUUUUAUACAACCUCAGGAUGAAAUUGAAUACAUUAACAAAGGUUGUAAUAAAGAUGAUGAAGCAUUACAAAUGGUAAAUAAUCAUAAAAACAUAAGCUAUUUAGAUGAAAUAAUUAAUAAAAAAUACGAAAAUAAAGUUGGAAACAACAUACAAAAUAACACAGAAAAUGGCACAGAAAAUAAUAUGAGAAAUGAUUUGAAAUAUAAUAUAAGAAUAGAUAUAGAAAAUAAUAUAGAAGAAGAAAAAAUUAAAAUAAGGGAAGAUAUUAUUUCAAAUGAAGAAAAAAAAGAGUUAAAUAAACUUUGUAAUGAUAUUAUGAAUUCACAUUUUUAUUUCAGUGUUUAUACGAAUAAUGAAAAAAUAGAAUUUUUUUUUAAUGAAUUACUAUUUAUUUGUUUUAAAUUAAUUAAUUUCCCUUUUAAAAGUGUUCAAAAAGUUUGUUUAUCCUCUGUUUCUUUGAUAGUAUCUAAGAUAAAUAUACAUAAUUAUUUUAAUUAUAUUAAUAAUAAAGUGGAAACAUUAAUUACUUUUAUAGAUGAUAAAUUUUAUGACCAAAACGAAGUUAUUAAAAAUUAUAUUAAUAUAAAAUGUAAAAUUACCAAAUAUAUGAAUUUAAAUUUUGUUAAAUCAAUAGAAAACUUAAUUAAUAUAUGUUUCUUAAAAUUAUCCAAUAGAACAUUAUGUUCAAUAAUUGCUAAAAAUAUUUUGACAUGUUUUCAUUAUCAUCCAUUUUUUUUUUCUUAUAUUUUAUAUAAAUAUCUAAAUAUAAUUUUUUAUCUAAUGGAAACUAACAAUACUAAUAUUAUAAUAAAUUCAUUAAAAUGCCUAUUUGUAUUAUUUAAAAUAAAUUCAGAAGAAAUGAAAAUUUAUAAUAAUGAUAUAAUAUAUAGAUUACAUUUAUUAUUUAAUAUAUUUUACGAAAAUGAAUUAAAUUUGUGCAAAAGUAAUACUUCUAAGUUUAGUAAAAAUUCAUUAAAUAAUUAUGGUGAUAAUUCUAAUAAUAUAACUUCUUUUUUAAAGAAUUAUUUUUUUAAUGUUACACAAAUAGAAAAAAGCAAGAAGGAAAUGCUACUACAUAUUAAACUGAUAUUAUAUUGUAUAUAUAGCACCUGUUCAAAAAGUGAAUAUGUUAAAUUAAUUCAUAUUUUUUCAAAAUAUCCUACACAAUUUAAAGAAUAUUCAAAACAGUUUCAAGUUUUUUCAGCUUUUUAG